GUUGAAUAUGAUAGUCAGGCGCAGGUCCUGAAACCAUCGUCAUGCAUGCGAAGUUGAACAGGACAAAGUCGCAACUUUGGUCUGAUGAUGAUUGGUCUAGUGCUUGCGCGCUUUUUUAGCAGAACGAGCACGAAUCACAUGCAAAGAUAAUGUACUGGACAACGUACAUCCAGUACGCGUAAAAUCAUCUGUACCUGUAGCGACGUACUGCAAAAAAACAAAAGCUUCCUUGCGCCGCGGGGAUUGCUUCUUAGAAUGGCUUCCUUAAGCUCUCGGUCUCUGUCACUGACGCCAACUCGGGAACGCUUGUGGCAAGACGUUUCAGCGAAGACAGCACACCGGGUGUGCCACUUAGUUUUCCGAAGUUUUUCGGGUGCGUCGCAGCACGCUUAUGCAGCUGGAGGAAAGAAUCGAGGUGGCAGCGCGUACCAAGACCCCUCUAGUCCCGGAUACGGUGGAGGUGUACACCGCUUCGGCCACGGUGGAGGGGGGCUUCGAGGAAGCGCGAGACGCCCGGAGCGAGUCCCUGGGGGCGACAGUAAGUAUGACAACCAUGCUAUUUUGCAGGACGUCCGGUGGGACGUCGAGCGCAUGCCCGAUUUCCAGAAGGAUCUCUACAAGGAACACGAGGCCGUCACACAGCGCACUCCGGAAGAAAAUAAACAGCUAGUAGAAGAUUUGUCAGGUAAAAAGAAUUUCAGGCCGUUUUUCUUUGUGUGUACGCCAGGAGCAGGACGUGAUUGCUGUAUAAAAACAGACCAGUUGUCGCAUCAGCCUUGUGUGUAGGGACUAGGUUGUUUCCGGUCCCGACCGAUGCUGUAAAGAGUGUCGCUACUUGCUUUUUACAACAGCGACACUGCGCGGACGCGGGAGCGUACCUGGACCGAUUACAGCGUUCGAGCACAUUAUGAAAGCGUUAGGUUUGAAAUCGUCAAAGUUGAAAUAAUUUGUAAUGCAUAAAAUGCAUGACCCGAGGUACGUGCGUUGCAGAGCAGGCAAGUGAGGCCUAUUGUAAGCCUGUUUGGGGUUACAGCUCGAGCUGCUAAAGUAGCGUGAGAAAACCACCCUUCUUUGCCUAAACAGCAUGACAAACUUGAUUUAGGGACCAGCAAAAUUUGUCAUGCGCCACUUGGAAACUGGGUUCGAACUGGCAUCCAUUUUAUGCAUGGCAAAUUAUUUCAACUUUGACGAUUUCGAUCCUGACACAUCCAUACGCAUGCGACCAACUUUCGGCGAGCUGUUGAUGGAAGAGCUAACGGAAGCGGGGUUUCGGGAGCCUAGUCCUAUUCAGAAGUUUGCUUGGCCCAUCCUUAGCAAGGGCCGCGACUCCGUCGGCAUUGCCCAAACCGGAAGCGGAAAAACGUUGAGUUAUCUUUUACCAGCUUUGUCGCACAUCUCGCAACAGCCCGCCUUAGAGCCCGGCGACGGCCCGGUGGCGCUCGUGAUGGGCCCGACUCGUGAAUUGGUGCAGCAAAUCGAGUCGGAAGCGAGGAAGUUCGGUGGAAUCACAAAGAUCAAGUCCGCAGUCUGUUAUGGAGGGUCAGGUGUGGUCUCUUGUUCUAGCUUCUUCUUUUGUUGCUCAUUUACGCUGACGGGUCGAAAGGGAAGCAGAGAAAUGAAGACUUCUCUCCUUGAUAUAAUCAAAAAUGUAUUUCUUCGUCUUCCACUGACUAUAGUGAGUUUCCGCCUUUUCCUUUUGAACCAUCUACCUCAAUGACUCUAUAGAGGCAGAAUUGCUACAUCUACGUGCGGCUGAUUCUACUAUCUAAUUUUCUUGAAACUUUUUACAAGGGUCGCGACAUAGCCAGGCGCGGGCGCUGCGGGACGGGGCCCACAUUGUUAUCGCCACCCCGGGACGUCUAAUCGACUUCCUCUCCGCGGGAGUUGUCAAUCUCAAAAGAGUUACAUAUCUGGUGCUAGAUGAGGCGGAUCGCAUGCUCGACAUGGGUUUUGAACCGAGCAUCCGCAAGAUAGUGAAGCAGACGCGAUUAUGCCUGGAAAGGACGCUACGGUGACGGAGAACGCAUGAUUUGCAAAACGUCAUCGGCGCAAAGAUGCAGCGUUGCUGUUUUCCUCAGUGCAUUCUUUUGCUUCGGGUUCGGGUAAUAUUUUAAAUAUAUCCAUGUUGCCAUACUAUAAUAGUAUGGCAACAUGGAUAUCAGACCUCUACUACCUCUCUUUCUCCAUGCAGGCAACUUGAAGUACUCAGCUGGAACCUAGUCGUUGUCAGCAGGAACAAAAGUAGGAGCGUACUAUCUCAAUCUCAGUCUCUCCAACUCCAUAUGCGUCUUGGUGUAGGAUUGGCUGGUUUGCUUGUGCUUUUUUCGAAUGAUAUAUACCCCGUGCGUUUAUAUUUUACUUUUACUUCCAAGCACGUGCGUGAGCGUGACAGUCGCAACGUCGUCGAGGCAAACCAGAGUCGCGCGUUUUUCCUCACCCGUUUUUCAUGAAUGCAGACCAGAUCGCCAGACGGUGUUGUUUUCGGCCACUUGGCCGAAAGAAAUCCAGAGCAUGGCCCGCGAUUUUUGCAAGGAAGAUCCCACGAUGGUCACGAUCGGAAGCACGGAGCUGCAAUGCAAUCCCGAUGUUACGCAGAUUGUUGAAGUACCAGCUUCCUUUGCAAACUUUGCCAUUGCUUGAAGAUGCAUAUUUAGAAAUGAAGCUGCACGCGCAAGCAUGAUAGUACGCAUGGACACGUAUAAAUAUAGAUAUAAAAUGAUGAAAUACAAAUAAAGGUCAUUCCGGAGCUGCAGAGACAGGACCACCUGCUUGGAAUUUUCGAAAAGUUAAAGGACAGCCCAGACAAUACCAAAGUGAAUCGAGGUAGCCCCCCUUCGGGCAAGGUGAGCAGCAUUUCCCCGAUCUGCUGCAAUCAUCAUCCCAAAAGUAGGAAGAUUGAUGUGAAGUGCUGGCUCUAAAAAGCCUCACGCAUUGCUGUUAUGUGCUUGUGCAGAUUGCUAUAGCUUCAGCUUCACCUACUACCACCAGUUUCGUGCAUGAGCAUGUGCCGUCUUUGUCUAUGGCCUCGGGGGGCGGGGCUCGUCUUCGUCGGAUAGACAAGGAUGCCAAGGUCUUGAUAUUCACAGCCACAAAGCGCACUGCAGACCAGAUGGAGCGCAACCUGCGAGGUGCAAGGAUUCCGUGCGCAGCGAUCCAUGGCGACAAGGACCAACAGUCCCGCGAGCGCAUGCUUAGAGAUUACAAAAGCGGAACGUUCAAGGUACCUGCGAAUUCAAAAUUUUUAGUUUUACUAUUACUUCGCCCUGUAUUCAUGUGAGCGUAGUGACGAACGAUAACGACGUAGUACACUCGGCUUUCUAUCUACUGAGGCGGGGAAAAGGAGGGUCUAUCUAAAGUGUAGAAGCCAAGAAACGCAGUCGGACUCACUUGCAAAUGAGAAGGAGAAGCGAGGCUGCUUUGUUUCUCUUGGGUGGCAAUAAUAUACGCCGGAGCGAAGCAAUUUUGAUUUUUGAAUUAGCUCCUUUUUCAUUUCGGGAGGAGAAGAGCAAAGUGUGACCUAAGCAUCAUAUAUAUUCGCUUCAGGUGCUAAUCGCGACCGACGUGGCGCAGCGUGGAUUGGACAUUCCAAACGUAAAAUAUGUGGUGAAUUACGACCUGCCCAACACGAUUCACGACUAUGUGCACCGCAUUGGGCGAACGGGACGCGCGGGCAUAAAGGGAACCGCGAUUUCCUACUUCUGUUGGGACCACUAUGGAUCUGUCAGGAUCGAAAUCGCCAAAGUUGAAAUGAUUUGUCAUGCAUAAAAUGGAUGCCAGUUGUAACCCAGUUUCCAAGUGGCGCGCGACAAAUUUGAGUAGAGCCGAAAUCCAGUUUGUCAUGCUGCUUGGGUAAGGAAGACGCCUCUUGUCAUGCUAUUUUAGCAGCUCAGUUGCUACCCCUCAACAGACUUACAAUCUGCCUCACUUGCCUACUCUGCAAGACAGGCACUUUGUGGGCUGCAUUUUAUGCAUGACAAAUCCUUUCAACUUUGACGAUUUCAAUUCUGACACUCCCAUAACCACUAUGAUCCGGGCAAGUUGAAAUUAGCCCAGGAACUCUGCGAUGCAAUGCGGCAAGUGUCCCAGACGCCGCCCCCUGCUCUGCAAGAGAUCGCCAGCGGGAGCAGCCGGUCCUCAGGAUCGUCAAAAUCCACUUCGUACCUGUAGAAAGUAGCGACCUGCAGGAAUGGCGUUUGAUGUUCUGUUUGGAACGAGAGAACAAGACGCCGGAAAGAGCACACUAUGUUGAAGUUUCUUGGCAGUAGAUGAGCGACUUGAUUGCGAAUUCAAACCAGCCUGUGACAGCGACCAUGAUGAACCUGUACGUGUAUGACAUUAACAAGAGAAUAUUGAUAACUUUAAAAGUGACACUUUGCGCAGGGGCGGAAAAAUGUCGUGCGAGAUAGGGGGUCCCGCCCAGGAGCACCGUUGGGGG